AUGGCGUCCGUUGUAUUCCGGCUUUGUGACAAAGCGCCGGAUAUUCUUAGAGAAGUUUGUUUGGAACGUGGAUGGGAAGAAUACGACGAAAGUAGAAGUGAAUCGAAUGGCGAGUGGAACUUGUGGUGGAAAACUCAGGGCUUUACUUCAGGCGAAUUCGAACACUGUCGUCCCUGGCAACGCCUGAACCACUUCCCAAAAUCGACAAAUAUCACAAAAAAAGAUGGUUUAGCCAGAAAUCUUCGGCGAAUGAGAAUGUCCUAUGGAGGCUCCAUGUUUGAGUUUUUCCCACAAACAUUUAUUCUGCCUAAUGAGUAUAGAAAGUUUGUUGCAGAAUUCUCUAACCAAGAUGGCGGCCAAACAUCCAAUUACUGGAUUUGCAAGCCGACUGAGCAAUCAUGUGGGAGAGGUAUUUUUAUUUUUCAAGAUCUACAUGAUCUCACUUAUGACUGUGCUGUUGUUGUGCAAAAAUACAUUAUCAAACCAUUUCUUAUCUCGGGUUACAAAUUUGAUUUGCGUUUGUAUGCAAUAGUAACAUCAUAUCAUCCUUUCCUUCUUUACAUCUAUCAUGAGGGUCUUGUGCGGUUUAGCACAGAAAGAUUUGAUUUGUCCUCACUUGACAAUCGCUUUUCGCAUCUUACGAACACCAGUAUUAACAAAACUGGACCACAAUAUUCCGCAGAAAAAGAAAGCAUUGGAACUGGUUGUAAGUGGACACUGAGUAAACUGCGUCAUUUCUUUCACAAACAUAACAUUGAUGAUCGCCUGUUAUGGCACCGCAUUACAUCCAUUAUAAUCAUCACACUGCUUUCACAAAUGCAAGACAUACCUAGUAAUAGUUCAAACUGUUUUGAGCUAUUUGGCUUUGACGUUCUCAUUGAUGAAAAAUUAAAGCCAUGGUUAUUGGAAGUGAAUUUCUCACCAGCACUUGGUAAUGAUUGCAGUCAAGAUGAGAUAGUUAAGAAACCAUUGUUGAAUGAUAUUUUGGAGAGCCUAAACUUUACUGAGGUGGACAUCAAGAGAGGGGAAACAGAAAGAGGAAGUAAUUCAACCAGACAAAAGGGGUUGAAAUUAAGCAGUGUAAAAAGUGGCACAGCAAGAAAUGGUAAAAGCCUGUCCUCAAAAUCCAAAAUUGGCUAUGAUCUGUCUUCACUGGAAGCAGAAUGCAGAUUUAAGCAACAUGCUGACUUUGUCAAGAAGCCAGUUUCAGAUGCAAAUAAGCAGUAUGCUCACAUGGGUCUUCAAAAUCAAAGGCCAAGCUAUCUUCGAAGACAGAAAAGUGAUGUUACUCUGUCUGUUUUCAGCAAAAACGACAAAGCAGCAAACUGCAAUCACAACAGCAAACUACCAUCCUCCAAGAGCAGUGUUUGUUGUAAUAGAAGAUUCAGCACUUCAGAGUAUUUUGUCAAAGCUGGAAAAAUCAACUGCAAUGGACCUGAUCAAGAUGAAAUGAACAAAAACACAGUGGCAUCAUGUGAUGACAUUGGUUUUCAAAGUAACCCCGAUUGUGCCACAUUUGCAGAAGAAAAUCUUUCACUUUCCACAGAUCCAACAAAAGAAGUUGAAAAAAGUUGCGCAGAAGGUGAACAAAUAUCUUCUUUGUCAACAGUGAGAGGUCAAACUGAAAGUCAGACAUCUCUACAUUUAUCUCAAUUUGCAAACAAGAGCAACCAACUGCCUCCUCACUUGCGCUUUCGUCGAUCCUAUUCAGAAGCAUCAUCACUUAACUCUCUUCAGUUGGUUGAUAACCAGAGUUUGUCCAACAGAAGUCAAAAAACCUUGCAUCACAUUUCCUCAAGGUACUCAAGGCACCCUACAGGGAGAACUCCUAGAAACAAAGCAACUUCGGUCAUUGUAAAACUUCAGCCUAAAAUUGGUAAUUGCAUCCUUGCCUUUCCUUUUAAUGAAGUGACACAUAAAGCCAGUAAGGGGAAGCUAGAGCAGAAGAUAGUUGUUACAGAAAUCAGGAAAAUGUUGAAGGAAAUAAGUAAUGACAUAAAAUCAACACCACUUCAAACCAAUGAGGAAUCACUGGAUUUACAAAAACCAUUUUGGGGGUAUAGGUUAAAAUUCAAUACCUUUUAUAGCUCCUUACUACCAGAUGUUCAGUAA